CCCACCCGCCUUCUUCAGUCUUCUUUUUCCUACUUUCUUUGCCUUUUACUCUUAAAAGUCUCAUCUUUUUGCCUUUCCACAUUUAUAUUUCUUGUUAGGGUUUCUUUGCUAACCAAAAUCAACUCUAUUUCAUCCAACAGAUUUGAGUGAAAAUUCAUUACAUGGGUUGUUUUAUAAUUCCAAGAAACCAAUAAAGAUCCAAACUUUGAGCUCAAAAAAGCAACUAUAAGUUGUGUUUAGCAAGUGUCCCAGGACGAUAUAAACCAGAUAAGGACGGAUUGUUUAGACGUCAAGAUGGGAUGUUUCACGGUUUCAAAGAGUAAGAAGAAAAUAUCCGAGCACAGCGUCCACAUAAAACGUGUGAAUCCUCAGGAGCAGUCACCUACUGCACUGCCUGAACCCCAGAGAGUACAAACAAGAUCAUUGCAGUCUGCACCACCAAGUUUUAGAACAAGAGCAGUGAAACCCGUGCAGUCAAACAAUGGAAUUAGGACACGAACUCUAUCCGCCCCAUCAAGUCUGGACUCAGCAGAUCAAGAUGCUCUAGCGUCGUCGAAUGAAUGUGAGGAACGUGAAGAGUUGACGUGUCGUGCCAGGUCAUCAGUUCCUCAGCCUCUUCCUCUUCCAUCACCUCAGAAUGCUGCUGCUGCUCUGAGGGCUACGAGAAGCUUCAAAGUGGGGAAUACAAGUAGUAGCUCUCUCAAUGCCUCUGGACCUUUGCCACUGCCUCCUGUGCUGCCUCCUACAUUGCCUUCUACUGGAACACUGCGGAACUUUGCUUUUGAUGAAAUUUCUGCUGCAUGCCACCAUUUCUCUCCAGAACGUUGUAUGUCAGAAGGUCUCUCUUCUGUCAUCUACAGAGCUUCUUUUGGGGAUGAUGCAAAGAAGCUUGAAGCCACUAUAACUCGCCUUCACCCUUCUUCACAGGGUUUAAAGGAAUUUGUCAACGAGGUGAACACGCUGGCUUCAUUGCAACAUUCUUCACUUUGUAAACUGAUUGGUUUUCAUGCACGCGAAGGUUCUGAGCAUAGGAUGUUGGUCUUUGAGAGGCUUUUCCAUGGAAGCUUAGACCGGCUUUUGUUUGGAAGAACAGAUGGACCCUCUAUAGAUUGGAAUGCGAGAACCAAAAUUGCCUUAUGUGCUGCACAAGGUCUCACAUUUCUACAUGAGGAGGGACCUUUCCAGGCAAUGUUCCAUGAAUUUUCAACUGGAAAUAUACAAAUCGACAAGGAUUUUAGUGCAAAGCUCUCAGGGUAUGGAUGCAUUACGAAUAUACAAGAGACAGAGAUAUCUUGCAAUUCAGUUGCCCUGGCGAAUCUCUCGCAGGAGACACUGGAGAGAGGGUUGCUAACUCCCAAGAGCAAUGUUUGGAGUUUUGGGAUUGUACUUCUAGAACUGCUCACUGGCCGGAAGAAUCUAGAUGGUCGGUAUUCAAAGGAAGAGAGGAAUUUAGUCAAGUGGAGUAGGCCUUUCCUUGCUGAUGAUGGUAGAUUAUCGCUUAUCAUGGAUCCUCAGCUAAAAGGACGUUUCCCUGCAAAAGCAGCCAGGACAGUGGCUGAUAUUGCUCAAAGAUGCCUGCAAAAAGAUCCAUCCGAAAGGCCCACUAUGAGAAUUAUCGUGGACCAACUCAAGUCUGUACAAGUGAUGAAGUGCCCUUCAAGUUUUCCUCUGCAAGAACCAGCGGUAGUUGGUGGUAAAAAACAUAUGUCAAAGUCUCCAAGCAUGAACGGGAUCAUCACUCCCAUGCCAAGGUUAAGUUUCUCACCUUCCUUACCACUCACCCGAGCAUCGGCUUCUCCCUCAAAGGCUGCUGCUACUCAACCCUCGCGUCGUCCUUCCUUAACAUGUUCCUACUCUUUCUCUUUGGAGGACCUUGAUCGACUGGAAAGCCGAAGGUCAUCAACUUCAUCUUUUCGCAGGUCAAGUGUUGAAGGAUUUUGAUUGUUUAUUCUUUGAUUGGAUACUUACAUGAAAAGAUAUGAAGGAUAAAGAUGUGGUUUUCCCCCUUCCCAUACCUCAAGGAAGAAGACAUGGGAAAUAGCAUUUUUUGUAGAUAAGGUUUGUCCUUUUGUUUGAAUAGUGUUAUGUGAAUCGAGAUGUGUGGGCAGAUGUAGAUUUUUCCUGUGAUGUCUUAUUCAUCAACCUCCUGCCCCUUCCAACGUAAAAAAACCAAUAUCCAGUUGGCUGGAAAGCAAUAAAAGGAAAAAGGAAAGGGAAGAUGGAGAAGAAAGAAAAUCCCAUUUUGCUUCUUUAAAAUGAUGUAUAUCUGUACAAGUAUUCUUUUUUUAGUGUAUCAAGAAAUGUUGUAUUUUGGGAA